AUGCCUGUUAUCUCCAGACUCCUGUCUAUUGCCUUGCGUGUGGGCGAGAUUGCCUUUGCUGCUGUCGUGGCUGGCAUCGUCGGAUCAUACCUCCAUGACUACCGUUCCGGCAGUGGUUUGCCUUUGGCACGCUUCAUCUACAUCGAAGUCGUCGCCGGUUUAUCCAUCCUCCUCGCCCUUCUGUGGCUCCUCCCAUUCGCAAGCGGGUUCUUCCACUGGCCUAUCGAUCUGAUCCUCUCGUUUGCCUGGUUCGCCGGGUUCGGUCUGCUCGUCAACUAUGUCAACAAAACCACAUGUGGCGGCCACACUUUCGACUGGGCAGGAAUUACUCAUGGCGGCUUCUGUGGACGUUGGAAAUCAAACGAGGCUUUCUCCUUCCUGUCUGCCAUCUUCUGGCUUGUCAGUGCACUUGUUGGAUUGUGGUUCAUUCAUCGCGAGAGAAGCAAGACAGCCCCCGCGGACGAUAGAGCGUAA